AUGGCAGCGUCUAUACUCUCGUCCAUCAUUUUAUUUCUUGUUUUCUUCAUAUUGUCAUUUUUCGUUGAUGGAAAAGCCUUUGCCGGCCAUAUGGAACACCGAGAAUUAAGUGGAGCAAAAGUGACAAUGGCCAUGAGGAGGAACUUGCAAGGCAAUGGGCCCGCCUCCAAAGGUGCGGUUCACCACAGCGAGUCGACGAAAGGUGGAUCAAAAAACACUAAAAAGGAGCCGUCCAAAACCAAUCUUGAUCAAGCCAAGCCCCAAGGGCAAAGCAACAAGACGGAAUUAUGCACCAUUUACGCCAGAUGUAAGAGGAUCCCCUUAGCUUAG